AUGGCGGCUGAUGCGACGCGCAUCGUGUCCAUCGCCGACGCGGCGCGGGCCAUCCGGAGCAUCGACGGUGUGGCGGAGGGCUCAUUCUUUGUCGCUCCGUUCUACCCCGAGAACUUCCUUGUCCGGUGCCAGUCCAUGCUGGUCCGGGACAGAAUCCUGGCCACGCGCGCCGUUGCAUGUGCCCGGGACAUGGCUAGUGCUGUGUCCAUGGACGAGCCUGGCUCACGCGGAAACAGCAACGAUGAAGUUCAAGGUAGCCAUCGAGAUCGAGGGAGUCCCCCCACACGCCUGGGGCGAGGACACAGCGGCCAAAAUCUUGGCCCCCAGCUGCUAGCUCCAGUCCGUCGAUCCGCACUCCGCCAACAAGACCGACCUCUCCGCAUACAAGCUCUCGGCUUGGACUUGCACAUCGCCGAGAACGAGAUCGUGGGUGCCACGGCGAACAACCUCCACUUCAGCAACCUUCCUCCAUACCUCCGGCGGAAGGACGUCCUCAGCUACCGCGUUCUCGUGCAUAUCCGGAAUGUUUACGACUUCGACCCGGCCAACCCGUCGCCACCGCCUUCGCCGCCGGAGUCCGACGACGGCGAUAGCGGCCACGACAGCAACCCCGACAGGCACCACUUCCACCGAGGAACUGGGCCCCGCAUCCAGGGGUUCCGAUGCAACCGAGGCAUCGUCGACGGAGAGGUCCCGACAACGGGGCCGGCGUGCAUGGGAGCUGGACAACCAACGUCAGCACCAACGUCAUCACCGCAAAUCGCGGAGCAGUUCCCGCGCAUCUCGGACAGCUAG